GCUGUGCUGUCUGUGGGCGUGAUAGCCAAUAGGAGCAGGGAAAGGGGUCCCGGGAUUACGAAGAAACGGCGGCCGGUAAGGGGCUACUGGGACAUGGGGCUUCUGACCAUUCUGAAGAAGAUGAAGCAGAAAGAGCGGGAGCUGCGACUGCUCAUGCUUGGCCUGGACAAUGCUGGCAAAACAACCAUCCUCAAGAAGUUCAAUGGGGAAGACAUCGACACCAUCUCCCCGACGCUGGGCUUCAACAUCAAGACCCUGGAGCACCGAGGAUUCAAGCUGAACAUCUGGGAUGUGGGCGGCCAGAAGUCCCUGCGGUCCUACUGGCGGAACUACUUUGAGAGCACCGACGGCCUCAUCUGGGUGGUGGACAGCGCCGACCGCCAGCGCAUGCAGGACUGCCAGCGGGAGCUCCAGAACCUGUUGGUGGAGGAGCGCCUGGCUGGAGCGACCCUCCUCAUCUUUGCCAACAAGCAGGACCUGCCCGGAGCACUGUCCUCUAAUGAUAUCCGUGAGGCCCUGGAGCUGGACUCCAUCCGUAGCCACCACUGGUGCAUCCAGGGCUGCAGCGCUGUCACUGGGGAAAACCUGCUGCCCGGCAUCGACUGGCUCCUGGAUGACAUCUCCAGCCGCAUCUUCAUGGCUGACUGAGGCGCUCCCAGCAGGCCCUCACCAGGCACCAUCCGUGGGGGGAUGGGAGUAAGCCAGGCCAGCUAACACCCCCUGCCCACCCUGUAACCUGCUGCUACUGCUGCUGACUGCUGCGCUGUGGCCAGCCGGUUCCCAUGGCAGGAGGGCUGCCGCCCUGGCUGUCACCCUGGCUCCUGACCCGGCCUGCUUGCAGCUGCUGUACCAAGAGGAGAGGGCUGGGGCUGGGAGGGCCUGCCUCUGCUGCUACCGAGGCUGUGAGCCUUGCCAUUCGCUCAGCUGUGAGAAUAAAUUGUUCCUCGCUCCCAUUCCU